AUGAACAAAACAAUAGCGAUUCUUGCCAUAAUUGGCACUGUAACCCUCGCCCAAUUCGGGAUGGACAACUUCCCUGAACGAGAAGGUCCAGGAGGCCCAGGAGGACGAGGAGGACCAGGCGGACGAAGAGGCCCAGGAGAUAGAUGGGGCUUUGAUCAAACUCCCAGACAGCUUUUCGAAGCUCUCAAAAAUCUUACUGAAGAAAAUCCACGUCUCUACAAUGUUGCUAAGUUCGCUACUGAAAUGUUCAUGAGAAGACCACAUGGACCACACGGGGGCCCAGGCGGACGAGGAGGACCAGGUGGAAUGCCACCACCACCGUUCGGUGGACCCGACACUGAUUUUGGAGCACCAGAUUUUGGAGGACCAGAAUUCCCACAAAAUAACGGUUUCGGAGGCCAAAGAGGCAUGAACGGUUUUCAAGGACAAUUUAAUCGUGGAUUCAGAGGAGCUCGGGUUUGA